ACUUGAAAAAAUUUAAAAUUGACAGAAAGACACAAGAACACCCAAACGACAAUAUAAGCGCGUUGCAGUCUGGGGUUCUCUAAGUAUUUAUUUGGCAAGAAGCCCGUGGGAAUGUACGGCUGUGAGGCAAUUGGGAAUGGUUGUCACUUUUUGGACGGUCUUGACACGGUCGAUGUCAAAUGUCAAGCCCAGGUCAAUCAAAUCAAAGAUUUGCUCAAUCCUCAGCUUCCAGCGACCACCUAGGCAGUUUUGCGUUGAUUGACACCCUCCAGUCAAACAAUGCCAAUCAGCCAACUGGUUUGUGUUACCUAUCGAGCUGAGAGCUGAGCGCUAGGUUAACCGACCCUUCAAUUUAGUAAAGUUAGAAGGUGUGGAUGGGAUAGGCUCACAAUUUUUGUUUUCGCACAAUCUGACUGCGACCAAAACAAAGCCGUGCGUCCUGCUGCCAAUAAGCAAGUUUUCCCCUCUUCUCUACGUUCUCUAUUUUCCCAAUUUUUUCUUUCAACCAUGGCUCCCAAUCUUAAGCCCAUCUAUCUUUCCAAUGACACCGAGCUCUUGACUGCCAACGAUGUUGACCAAGCCAAGCUCACCGAGUUGUUGGACAAACAUGCCGAUACUGAUGGCUUGAAGAACAUAAACGGUGAUAACGAAGACUGGACCGAUGUUAAGCACAGUGAGCGCAAGAAGCGUGAUCGUAUCCUCGACGAUGGAGUUUUGAUCAAGCUCAUGAAGAAGUCUGACUACAAGGGAUUUGAACGUCUCUUCAUCAACUUGAGCAUCGGGGCAUUGACCAUAUACGCCAUCCGCCAGUUGGAUAUCAAGAGCCUUCUGGCGGACCCUCAGAAGAUCCUUGAUCAACCGGAGCUCAUCCUCAAGCUAGUUGCUUUCUGCAUUCUCUACCCAUUCUAUGGAUUUCAGUUCCAAGCCUUUGCAUUCGCCGGACAGCACGAGUUCUUGCACCGCAACGCCUUCAAAACCAAGUGGAUCAAUGACUUGGUCCUCUUCCUCACCGGAGUCUUCACCUUUGAACUUGGUGCACACGAACGCGUGAUGCACAAGCAGCACCACACCUAUACCAACAACAUUGACAAGGACCCCGAACUCACCAGUUACUACACUCGCGAGCAGCUUGAACUCCCUGGGUUCCGCAACGUGCCUUUCACACGCUUUGGAUAUCUCAUGCAAUUCUUGGAUGUCUUCUACACUUUCAAGUGUCGCCUCGGAAGAGUCUUCUUCUCCAUCCUUGGCGUUGCUGUGGAUUACAGCGGUACUGGAUGGAGCCUUAAGGAGUGGACUUACAGCAAGGAGAGUGGAAUUAUGAAGCAGAUUCAGAAUUGGGCUAUAUGCCAGGUCCUGUGCCAAGCCGCCAUUGUCGCAAACUUUGGACAGACCAUGGAAGGACUUCAGAAUCUUGCUUUCUGGUGGUUGUGCCCCGUGUUGAUCGGAUACCCCGUUGUGAACUACUGCCGCAACUUGGAACACGCAGACUGCGAAGUCUCCGAUAUCCCCAACUGCCUCUUGAACACUCGCACUGUCCGCUCCAACAUUCUCAUCCGCACCUUGCUCUGGGAUACCAACUUCCAUGCCGAGCACCACUGCUACCCCAUGGUCCCCUUCUUCAAUCUCCACAAGGUCAACGCUUUGAUGCAUGACCAUGUUGUCCACAACGAGACUGGAAACUUCACCGUCCAGAACUGGGCCUGCUUCAAGCCUGGCGGCUGGAUUGACAAGCAGCGCAAGAUCAACGAAGCCGGAGCUCGCGCUAAGGCCGAGUAAAGAGGUUGCUGGCUUUUGUCAGUGAGCAGCCCUUGCCUCACUCCCCAUUCUUUAGUUCCUCAGAUCAGUCUUGUCUGCAUUACAUCACACGACCACACAACACGUUCACCGUUGCAUAUCUUGUUUGUCCCGACCACCUUCCUCAGCUAGUAGACAUGGGAGGAUCUUACUUUGAAUUCCUAUACGGCUAUGCUACACAACGAAUGUACGGCUACUUCAAUUUAACAGCUCUACAAUAGUGUUACUUUUAGAAAAACGCAUUGCAUUCC